GCAAACCGUUAUAAAAGGAGACACGAGUAUGCACACUUCGCCAUCCCAUCUCUGAUCUCUCCACUCAAUACUCGUAGAACAGCUACCUAAAGUAAGCUGGGCACCCUCGAUCAAGCCAUGGCAAACCGAGCUCUAGCUCCAUUCCUGCUCGUGACCACCCUCUUGGUGUCGCUCCUUGCCACAUGCCAUGGCGGUGGCAUCGCUGUCUACUGGGGCCAGAACGACGGCGAGGCGUCCCUGUCCGAGACGUGUGCGUCAGGAAACUACAAGUUCGUCAUCCUCGCCUUCGUCUACAAGUUCGGCAAGGGCCAGACGCCGCAGCUAGACCUUGCCAGCCACUGCGACCCCUCAUCGGGCGGCUGCACGGGGUUGAGCAAGGACAUACGUUCGUGCCAGAACAGCGGCAUCAAGGUCCUGCUCUCUAUCGGCGGCGGCGACGGCAGCUAUGGCCUGUCGUCCGAGGGGGACGCGCGGGACGUGGCCGCGUACCUCUGGAACAAUUACCUCGGCGGCACGUCGUCGUCGCGGCCCCUCGGCGACGCCGUUCUUGAUGGAAUUGACUUCGACAUCGAGCUUGGCGGCGCCAAGUACUGGGACAGCCUGGCCAGGGACCUCAAGAACAAGGGCGGCAAGGGGGUGCUCCUGAGCGCGGCGCCGCAGUGUCCGUUCCCGGACGAGUGGGACGGCGGCGCGAUCAACACGGGGCUGUUCGACUACGUGUGGGUGCAGUUCUACAACAACCCUCCGUGCCAGGUGAACGCCGGCCGCGGCGCGUUCAUGGACGCGUGGAAACAGUGGGAGUCGGUUCCGGCGGGGCAGAUCUUCCUAGGCCUGCCCGCCUCCAAGGACGCGGCCGGCACUGGGUUCGUGCCCGCCGACGAUCUCAACUCUAACGUGCUGCCGCUCAUCAGGGGAUCGCCCAAGUACGGCGGCGUCAUGCUCUGGUCCAAGUACUACGACGACCGCGCAGGCUACAGUGACGCCAUCAAGAGCCAUGUGUGAAUUAUAAGGCCUACUUAGGAAUUAGGAUACGCUUGUGCAUACACACGCGCUUGGUGUUAGCGUCUACCGUUCGUUUUUGCAUUGUGUGCGACUUAUUGUAUUUUGUGUGUAGUCUUUUCGAUUCAUUAGUUUGUCACAUGUAUAUUGUACCAGACUGCUGAAUAAAAAGGUGAGAUCUUUUCGUUUUGUAUGGAAAAAAA